ACCCCGGCGGGGUCCGUGAAGGCCUCCUCGCCUCGCGCGCUCAUUAGCCUGAUUGGACUCACCUGUCGGCGUUGCGCCUCGAGCUCGGAGAGUGUGCAGCAGUGGAGCGCGUGGCGGCGGCAUGCAGAAGGGCCUGAAGAGGUACUUCGUGAACAUGGACGAGUACCUGUCCAGUCUGGGACUCUACCGGAAGAUGGUGGCGCGAGACGCCUCCAGUUUGUUCCGGGCCGUGUCCGAGCAGCUGUAUUUCUCUCAGAACUACCAUCAGAAGAUCAGACUGGACUGUGCUAACUUCAUGAGAGCCAACCGGAGCAGCUUUGAACCAUUUGUUGAAGGCUCCUUUGAGAAAUACCUGGAGCGCCUUGAAGACCCAAAGGAAACUGUGGGUCAGGUGGAGAUCAAGGCCCUCUCCCACCUGUACAGGCGCUGCUUCGUGAUUUACCGUUACCCCGGGAAACCGGCCACAAUCAUCUCGGAGGACAACUAUGUGGAGAAGGUGAUGCUGUGCUGCUCCAUUAACGGUCAUUACGACAUCGUUUACCCGAGAAGUUACCCCGCCUCUGCCGCUCUCUGCCAGUCUCUGUUGUAUGAGCUACUUUACACCCAGGUGUUCGGCCUGGAGGAGGCGGAGCUCUGCCAGGCCAUGGAGGCUUUCAAGGUAGGAAGUCGUCGCUACAGAAACAGCCCCUCUGUGUGCAGCGACGCAGACACCAGCUAUGACACACCUGACGAUCGUGGACACAGGGAGGAGGCUGGAGCGGGGGAGGACAAGCCAUCCUCAGAAGAGACCAAGCAGCCUCCCGCAGAAGCCCCGCCCUCCUACAGACUCUCCCUGCCCUACAAAGUCAUGAAGGCUCUGGACGGCGAUGUCUACCGGAACCUGGAGUUUGACGUGUGGCAGGACACCUGUAAAGAGAUGCAGAAGACGGACUACAUGGUGUUUGCGGGGAGGCAGUACUUCCUGGGAGACAAGUGUCAGGUGCGUUUGGAGCCAAAGGGGAAGUUCUACAACGCCUUCAUCCAGGAGGUGGGAACUCACGCCGCAGCUGUCACGGUCUUCAUCGAGGAGCUGGGGGAGAAACACCUGGUUCCCCUCGCUGACCUGAAACCGGUCAAUCCAGUUCCAGCCUGGAAUGUGGCCGCCCCCUCGAGGAAAGGAGAUCUCGACCCGGAUUCCCGAGGUCAACGCAAUCCCCGCCACCGCUACUUCAGGAAGUCCCGGGGAAGCAACGUGGUGAAGGGGGCAGAGCUGCUUAUGGCUCCGCCCUCCUCUUACGGAGGCCCCGUCUCCUCUGUGCUGCCCCCCCGCUUUCAGCCUGUGGGGCAUGCACGCCCACCCCCCCCGCUGUCACCUGGAGCCAUGACCUUCAACCCCUACGCCCCUCAACACCACCCCGCCCCCACAGCCCGGCCGCCGCGCUACGGCUCGUCCAGAAGCUCCUCUCGUUUCCUGAACCGGCACCUAAUUGGACCUCAGCUGACGUAUUACCAGACGGGCCGGCGGUUCUACCCCGACUACGAGAACUACUGCCACAGGUCCAGGCGCACUCGCCGCCAGCUGGCGGCGGUUCUGAACAAGGACGGGCAGUUUGGGUUUUCCGCCGAAGCCGUGGAGGAACCAGCUGACCUGGAGACCGCAAUGGCGUAUUACCAGCUGGACGAUGCCGAGGCCAUCCUCCCCCCGCUGGCGGGCGCCGCCGUGAUUCCUCCUUCAGCCAUAGCCCCGCCCCCUGCACCCACUGGGUCCUACCGACUCCAGAGAGCCCCCGGGCUCCUCCCACCUGCACCUGCCCCGGGAAACACCCCCGUUUGCUCUUCGGAAGACGACCAGGAGGACUCAAGUACGAUGGAGGACCAGGCUGAUUACACAGAGGAGUUCCUGUACCCCUCUGAGGACCAGAACUAUCCAACAUCAGGUGUUUACAGCACUGGAGACCCCGCCCCCACGCAG